CCCUCUCUCUCUCUCUGAGAAAAGCGAUUGGACGUCCCCUCUUUCUCUCUCUUCCACCCCUCCCCCCCGCUUUUUCUCUCUCUAGGAAAUCGGAAGAAAAGAAAAGCUCCCGUGGAUCGACGAGAAUGGCGUCCUCCGAGCCGUCGAUCACCCCCUGUAGCCGAUCAGCAAGCCCCCGCGACCCGACCCCCGCCGCCCCCGGCUUAGCAUUCCUCCUGCUGACGUGGCUGCUCCGUACUAGCUCCCUCCCUCCCUCCCUCCCUCCCUCCCUCGUCCGCUUCGCCCGUCAAUCCGCCGCCGGAGCAGCUCGGUUCCCCCGUUCGGCCGCCGCGAGCGGAUUCCUCGUCGGACUCCGGCGCCUGAGCUGGGAAAUUUCGGUUGCUCGAGCUCGGUAGCUACGAACCCGUCUCCUCCAUGUCUUCCGACAUCAGCUAAACAAAGAAGAGUUCCGCGUCGAGGCUCCGAUUCCGGCUUCUGCUUUUGGGGGAAAUUCUUGCCCGCCCGCGACUGAGGACAUGGCCCAAGCCGCCGCUCCACUCAGCAGGUGCGUCCGAUCGGAGCGUUGCCAAGGUUUCGGGAUCGGCGUCGCGAGCCUGACUCCGUUCGCGCGGUUGUGAGCUCGUAUCCGAUAGAGCAGGGGUUGUUGUCGCGCGCGUGCGUUGUGGUUGUGUGAGUGCUUUCUUUUCCCUCGUCUAAGUAGAAAGAGGAAUGGGCAGGGAUAGUCUUCUGCUUCCGACUGUAGGACCUCCAAUAAAGCUAGGAACAGCAGGGUUAAGGAGAAAACAGGCCGGCAGAGGAUCGUAUCGGGGAAGCUAGGGUUUGGAUAAGCUGUGAAAUUGGGGUGUUUUGAUUGGGGUUUGCUUAAAAAAAGAAAUUUUUAAGUGGGAGCCUAGAAAGUUGGGGGCAUUAGGUGGAGGUGGUGGUGGUGGCUCUCUCUUGUUGUGCUUGAUAGGAUUGUUCUUGGAACUGAAAUGGGGGCGUACAUGCACCAACUGCUGAAGAGCCUCUGUUCUGGUUCCGAGUGGAAGUACGCCGUCUUCUGGAAACUCAAGCAUCGGGCGCGCAUGGUUUUGACUUGGGAGGAUGCAUACUAUAACAGCCAUGGACAAACUGGUCUUUCCAAGUUUAAGUGCUCUGAGGAGACAGUGGACCACUCAAACAAUCUUGGAUACUCGCGUGAUCCCCUUGAGUUAGCUUUGGCAAAGAUGUCCUAUUACGUGUAUUCUCUUGGGGAAGGGAUUGUGGGGCAGGUCGCAGCUAGUGGGAAGCAUCAGUGGUUAUGUCCCAAUCUUUAUCUAGCCAAUGCCUACUUAUCAUCGGAGGACUGCGAUAUCUGGCAAACACAAUUUUCAGCUGGAAUCUCGGCUGUUCUCGUCAUGGCUGUUCUUCCACAUGGAGUUCUGCAGCUUGGCUCUUUAAAUAAAGCGAACGAGGAUGUGAAGCUGGUGACCAAUAUCCGAGAUGCAUUUUUAUCUUUCCAAGAUUCCUUGUUACAGCUUAAAUCUGUUCCCUUGCCAUGUUCUGAUAAUUUACUACAGCAGGGAAGUUCAUUUAUGGAUGGUUUGGUUUCAGAAGCCACUUCUGAUUGCUCUGGCAACUUAAAUGAAUCUAAAGAAGAAACAAAUAUAUGUUCACCUUCUCCAUAUAAUGAAAAGUACAUUGAGAGAUCCUGUGUUCUGCCACUGUCUGGAAGUCAUCGUAGAACAGAAGUUAAGGUUCUUCACAAUCAUGAACAGAGGCCAAAUACUUUGGAGAAUCAUAUUCAAGAAAAUAUAUGCAAUAAGAAACUUUUCAAAGAAGAACCUAUUUUGGAUGGUCUAAAUGCCAUUCUGGCACCCCCUAUCGGUCCAUUCACGGAAAAUAUAUCGUCCAGCUGUUAUCUAUUUGAAAAUGCCUUUCCAGCUGAAGAGAAGGGUGUUGAUUGCACAUAUCUGCCUUUAGACCAGUUAGGAUCUUCUGGUCAUGAUAGAAUCAGAACUCGUGGUUCAGAUGAUAUUUCAAAUGAGCUCCUUCAAUUACCAGAAAUGGCACAAAAAGAUUUAGGGAAACGUUUGGAGAUUGAUGAUAACCUAGAGAAAUCCAGAGGAUCAUUUGGAUUCCCGAGUAUUUCAGAACUGCAUGAAGCACUUGGACCAGCUUUUUCAAGAAUGAGUGCUUCCUCAGUUUGGGAAGAAGGCAAAACAGAAGCUGAAAGAACAGUGCAGAUUUUAGAAGGGAUCAGCACCAGCCGUUCAACGAAUGAAUCAGACUCAGAGCAUCUUCUGGAAGCUGUAGUGGCUAAAGUUUGUCAGAGUGGUCAUGACAAUAAAAAUGAAGGAUCAUUUUCCAGCUCAUUAAGGUCUCCAGUGGUUUCAGGAAGAGUGCCAGAAGCUUCCAGCUCUAGCCUUUCUAAGUUCACUGCUCAUUCAGUGGGUUAUUCAAUUGAUCAGUCCUAUUAUUCGGAAGGACACGGCCUACAUUCAUCAGACAAAAGUCUGGCUAUGUCUUCAGCAAGCAUUUCUUCUUCUUGUCAAACUUCACAUAGUGAUCUGUUAGAGAGGUCAUUGGAGCUGGCGAAGCACAGCAAAAAGAGGGCCAGACCUGGUGAAAAUCGUAGGCCCCGGCCAAGAGACAGACAACUGAUCCAAGAUCGUCUAAAGGAACUAAGAGAGUUGGUGCCUAGUGGGUCAAAGUGUAGCAUUGAUGCACUGUUGGAGCGCACAAUCAAGCAUAUGCUUUUUCUACAAAGCAUCACUAAGCAUGCUGACAAACUGAACAAGUGCGCUGAAUCGAAGCUCCGUCACACUGAACCAGAUGUACUGGGAUCCUCCAGUAAUGAACAAGGAUCAAGCUGGGCAGUGGAGGUGGGCAGCCAUCUCAAGGUCUACUCAAUCAUGGUCGAGAAUCUUAGUAAGAAGGGCCAGCUGCUUGUGGAGAUGAUGUGUGAAGAUUGCAGUCAUUUUCUUGAGAUAGCAGAAGCAAUUAGAAGCUUGGGUCUGACGAUCUUAAAAGGUGUCACAGAAGCACAUGGUGACAAGAUAUGGAUAGACUUUGUGGUUGAGGGGCAAAAUAACAAAAGCAUCCACAGAAUGGAUGUCUUGUGGUCGCUUGUGCAAAUAUUGCAACCCAAGACUUCAACAUGAAAUGCAACAUGCUGCCCUUGGCCUCUAUCCAGAAACAUAACAAAAUGUUCCAGAAACUCUAUAAUGUAUGCAUGUAAGUCAUCCAUGAAAUGGAUUGGUCCAAUUCUAGUUUGACCUUUGUGUUUUAUCCUCCUUGGCUUUGGGGGAGGAAACCUUGUUUCCCUGGUGUGUUCAUGCGUGAAGAUGAGUGUUGACCCCAUUACAACAGUGAGAUAUCGUGAAUGGGGUUUGAGUUUGCACAAGUCACGUCCUCCUUAAAACCUUGCAAUUAGCUGCUGUGCAUCGAAUGCCCUAUUGUGAUCUGAGUGAUGCUGUUUCUAAUGUUCUAACUUCCGAGUUUUCUUUCUUCAAUAUGCCAUUGCUUUUAGGGUGGACCAAUAUAUGAGCAUUUGGUCCUCGGUUCCUUCUGCUACAUGUGCCAAAUACUGGGAACUAAAAAUACAUUGCAUUCUUAAUUUUUCUUUUGGGUUUCAAAUGUAAGUUGCAUUAUUCCGGAAAUAAGUAGUUGACUCUCAUCUCAGUUCAUGGUA